GAUGGUCACGUAUUCAAACAGUUUCGCGUCAGCGUUUUGCGCGACAUCGCGUGUCCGUUUACGGCAUUACAAGAAAGUUUUUGGACUCGCCGCGCGGUAUCAACACCAAAUGCUAGUUUGCCACCCUUUCACCACACUUGGUGAAUUAGGAUGCUAAGACUAGCAUGGCGUUGCUUGGCUUCCAAAUAUAGCUGCGUGGAACCUGUGGGUCUUGUCAUUGAAACCCUCGGGCACACGACCCCUCCUCGCAAGAGUUCGGUUAAUAGUCUAACGUUAUUCCGACAGUUUACCCACCACCACUCGGCAAACGUCAGGUCUACAACCGUCCACUUCCACAGAUCUUCCUUUAUGAACAUGGCAUCUGGGGUUGAAGGGUCAUCAUCCACUCCUCCCCGACACACCAACAGGUUAGCUAAAGAGAGGUCACCCUACCUGCUGCAACAUGCACACAACCCUGUUGACUGGUAUCCAUGGGGACAAGCUGCCUUCGACAAGGCACGGCAUGAAGAUAAACCAAUAUUUUUAUCAGUGGGCUAUUCAACAUGCCACUGGUGCCAUGUUAUGGAGAGGGAGUCUUUUGAGGAUGAGGAAGUUGGCAAGUUGCUCAGUGACAACUUCGUCUGCAUCAAAGUCGACCGAGAAGAAAGACCGGAUGUGGAUAAAGUGUACAUGACCUUUGUACAGGCAACAAGUGGAGGGGGAGGAUGGCCCAUGAGUGUGUGGUUAACUCCUGAUCUCCGUCCUUUCGUUGGAGGCACUUACUUUCCACCCAGUGACCACGGAAGACGGCCUGGCUUUAAGACUGUCCUUACCCGAAUCAUGGAACAGUGGCAGAAUAACCGUUCUAACUUGGAGUCCAGCGGGGACAGAAUCCUUGAGGCACUGAAAAAAGGCACAGCUGUGACUGCAAACCCGGGUGACAGUCCUCCUUUGGCCCCAGAUGUGGCUCAACGCUGUUUCCAACAGCUGGCCCGCUCUUAUGAGGAAGAGUAUGGCGGUUUCAGAGAUGCUCCCAAGUUCCCCACACCAGUGAAUCUGAUGUUCCUCAUGUCUUACUGGUCUGUGAAUCGAUCUACCUCGGAGGGAGUCGAGGCGCUCCAGAUGGCUUUGCAUACACUCAGGAUGAUGGCGCUGGGUGGCAUCCACGACCAUGUUGCGCAGGGUUUUCAUCGGUACUCUACAGAUUCCUCUUGGCACGUUCCACACUUUGAAAAGAUGUUGUACGACCAGGCCCAGCUGGCUGUCGCUUACAUAACUGCCUUCCAGGUAUCAGGUGAGAAGGUUUUUGCCGAUGUGGCUGAGGACAUACUGCUUUAUGUCUCCAGAGACUUGAGCGAUAAGUCUGGGGGCUUCUACAGUGCAGAGGAUGCAGACUCCAUCUCAACAUCAGGGGGUUCCGAAAAGCGUGAGGGAGCUUUUUGCGUCUGGACAGCCUCAGAGGUUCGGCAGCUGCUGGCAGAUGUGGCAGUGGGUUCUAGCGGACCCACUACCCUGGCAGAUAUUUUCAUGCAUCAUUAUGGAGUGAAAGAGCAAGGCAAUGUUUCCCUGGAACAGGAUCCUCAUGGGGAACUGCAGGGCCAGAAUGUGCUGAUUGUGCGAUAUUCUACAGCGUUAACAGCUGCGCACUUUGGCCUUAGUGUAGAGACGGUCAAUGAGCUUUUGGCUUCGGCACGAGCCAAAAUGGCAGAGGUGAGGAAGACUCGGCCACGCCCACAUCUGGACACUAAAAUGCUGGCCUCCUGGAAUGGCCUGAUGCUGUCAGCCUAUGCUCGUGUUGGAGCUGUGCUUGGGGACAAGGCCCUGCUGGAGAGGGCGGUGCAGGCCUGCCACUUCCUCAAGGAACAUCUUUGGGAUCCAGAGAGGCAGACCAUUUUGCGAUCUUGUUACCGUGGAGACCAGAUGGAGGUGCAGCAAAUAUCACCGCCUAUUUCUGGCUUCCUGGACGAUUAUGCAUUAAUUAUUUGCGGCUUGCUGGAUAUCUACGAGGCCACACUGGAGACAGAGUGGCUGCAGUGGGCCGAAGAGCUGCAGAUCAGACAGGAUGCGCUGUUCUGGGAUUCAGCGGGUGGAGGCUACUUUUCCUGUGAUCCCAGUGACAGCUCUGUUCUUCUGCAACUCAAAGAAGAUCAGGAUGGAGCCGAACCCAGCGCGAACUCUGUGUCGGCAUUGAAUCUUUUGCGUCUAUCUCAGUACACUGGAAGGCAGGAUUGGCUCCAGAGGUGCCAACAUCUCCUGGCAGCCUUUUCUGACCGUCUUACCAAUAUUCCCAUCGCUCUACCCGAGAUGGUCCGUGCCCUUAUGGCACAGCACCACAUGCUUAAGCAGAUUGUGAUCUGUGGCCAAAGAGAUUCCCCGGAUACUAAAGGUCUUUUAGAAGCAGUCAACUCCCUCUUCAUACCGCAUAGGGUCCUGAUGCUAUUAGACGGCAAGGCGGAGAGUUUCCUCUGCCAGCGUCUACCUGGGCUCUCCUCCAUGUCUCAACAGGGUGGAGUGGCCACUGCCUACGUGUGCCAGGACUUCACCUGCUCGCUGCCUGUCACUGAACCCCAGGCACUCCGCAGGCUGCUACUGGAUGGGCAUGUGGAGAUAUAGCCAGAAUGAUGAGUUGAAACACAUUCUGAGUUCACCAAAUGAGCUUUAAAGACUCAAGUAUUGAGCAAACCUGGCCAGCCUAGCUUCUUCUUGCAGUGACUUAGUUCAAUUGGAUGGACCCAUCAAGAGGUCCAUUCAUUUUUUUUCUCCCUAACAGUGGAUUUAAACUCAUCCACAGAGCUCUAAUUAUUGCUCUUCCAUAAUAAUUUGUAUAUCUGCAUGGUCUUAACCUCACCAGCCAUAUAGAACUGAUUAGAUAUAAAAGAAAGUCCCUGUAAAGAAGCACAGCUGCAGUGGCAGCUUAUUCUAAAUAUGAUGCACUUGUAGUCUUUUGUGACUGCUCAAAAAAUAGUUGCACACUUUUAAUAGAACUUAACCUCACUUUGAACUUGCAUUUUUUUAACUGAAUCUGCUUUCUUCUGCAAGCCCUGUGUUCCUGCUCGCAUCUCAAAUGGAACUGACAGUAGUUUCCUCCAAAGUGGAAAUAUAUGUGUAUGGGGUGGAGGGUUUCAUGUACCAUCUAUGGUAAAAGUCACUUGUACAUGUCCGUUUGAGUUCAUGUGUAACCACUUAGUGAGCGAGCUUCACAAGGGAGACUCCACUCUUAAAAUCUGCUCCAAAAUCAGCAAAGAUAACUUUACAUGUAGGGUUUACAAGACGAUGUAGGCAGCACCUUUAUCUAGAAAAGUCUUAAGACCCAUUUAUGCAUGGUGAAACAAUGAAUUGCCUAAAUACAUUCAGUAGGAGAAAAACAACUCAAAUUUCAACAUCAAUUUGUUCUCACUUUUGGAGUUCCAAUGAUCUUCACAGUCCACCCCCAAAAAUCAUAAUGGUGUUGCACCCGUUGGGCCGUCUUUUUAAGUCCUGGUGAAAAGUAACCCUAACCUAACCCUAUGUAUGAAUUUUAGGGGUCCCAAAUCAGUUUAUACUGCAAAGUGUAUGAUUCUGCUAAUUUAAUGCCUCCUUUUUGAAGGAAAAAAAAACAGCACCUUAAAACAGUUUCCCUUUAUCCCCACAUACAGCACGUACAAAAAAUUACAACCUGCUCGGUGGAGAUUUGCACUUCUGAACCAUGUUACAUAAGAGCCCAUGAAUCCUAUAGUUUACAUUAAAACAUCUGACCGCCCCCCCAUAAUAAAAAUAAAACAAAAUUAAUUACAUUCCAUACAUUCAGCAGCGAUAAGAUUAUUUAAAUGUUUGACCAUUAAUUUGUAUUUCGUGCAUCAUCAGUUUACAUUAUUUUAGAAUGUCAUACACUAAGAAAGGCACCCAAUAACAUGCUUGAUUAUUAAAAUAUAUAAAGAUAUUGCACAUAACACAGUAGAGCUGAACAUUUUCCUGGCCAAAUUUUAAAUUUCAAUGACUGAAUCUUGAUUGCUGACAACGGUCGUUUUCCACCAUGUAAUUUCCUGCUAAAAGACACCCCCUCCCCAAACAGAAAUUCACGUUCCCUCAAAGUGCGUUUACGAUAUAAUUUUUGGUUCAUAAUUGUAAAUGGAUAAUACUGUAUGUAUUAAAUGGUCUGACUUGUGUGUUCAUUUUUAUUUCCUGCAAUAAAUCUCACAUGAGAAAAGUC